AUGGCGGUCGAGUCAUCACGUGUUGUAGUGCGACGUUGUUUCCAGCACCGCCUUAUGGGCCCUAUGCUUCUUCAAAAUGUGCUCUUCAAGCUUAUGCUAGCAUCAGCAGGCAUAGAAUACGAAUUGGAACCGUACGGAGUAGUUGUAGCGGUUUUAUUUCCGGGAUCCUUUCAAACUGAUUUACAUGUUACUCGAGAAUUACAUCAGAUGAUAGAUGCUUUAUGGAAUCGAUCAUCGCAAGAAAUGCGCAAUGAAUAUGGAAAUGAUUUCGAUGCGAAGGAUUUCUUCAUGCUUCUAAUGUCAUUCAUUAAUACCUCAUGUUACUUGUUAUUUAUUUAA